AUGGAGUCUGGCAUGGAGGAGAUCCCAGUUAAAGUUGCUGUUCGAAUCAGACCUCUGCUUUCCAAAGAAAUACUUCAUAACCACCAAGUGUGUGUGAGAUUAGUCCCAAAUACACAACAAAUUAUCAUUGGGAAGGACCGUGCCUUCACUUUCGAUUUUGUAUUUGGCAAAAAUUCAACCCAAGAAGAAGUUUAUACUGUUUGCAUUAAGCCUCUUCUAGUGUCUUUGACUGAGGGAUACAAUGCUACAGUGUUUGCAUAUGGACAGACAGGUUCUGGGAAGACUUACACCAUUGGAGGUGGCCAUAUUGCGUCAGUUGCAGAGGAUGAAAAGGGCAUAAUCCCACGGGCUAUUCAGGAAUUAUUUCAGCAUAUUUCUGAAAACUGUAACAUUGAUUUCCAUGUGAAGGUAUCUUAUAUAGAGGUUUACAAGGAAGAACUUCGGGAUUUAUUGGAGUUGGAGACCUCUGCGAAAGAACUACAUAUCCGAGAAGAUCAGAAGGGAAAUACGGUGAUUGUUGGUGCUAAGGAAUUCCAAGUGGAAUGUGCAGAUGAAGUGAUAAGCCUGUUGGAAAGCGGUAACGCAGCUCGUCACACAGGCACAACACAGAUGAAUGAACACUCUAGUCGAUCUCAUGCCAUUUUUACCAUCAGUAUUUGUCAGAAACAGUCUGCAGAGUCUCAGAAAAAUACUGAUGCUGCACAGGAUUCAUCUUGGAAAUCUGUCCAGAUGAUUGCUUCAAAGUUUCAUUUUGUGGAUUUGGCAGGAUCAGAGAGGGUGACAAAGACUGGAAAUACUGGUGAACGCUUCAAAGAAUCAAUUCAGAUCAAUAGUGGUCUGUUGGCCUUGGGAAAUGUCAUCAGUGCCCUUGGAGACCCAAAACGGAAAAGUGUACAUAUUCCAUACAGAGAUGCUAAAAUCACUCGUAUUCUGAAAGACUCCCUUGGAGGAAAUGCCAAAACUGUCAUGAUAACGUGUAUAAGUCCAUCCUCCUCAGACUUUGAUGAAUCUUUAAAUUCCCUCAAAUAUGCCAACAGAGCCAAAAAUAUUAGAAAUAAACCAGUUGUAAACUAUAAUCCCGAACAAGACCGGAUUGAUGAAAUGGAACUUGAAAUCAGAUUGCUUCGAGAAGUUUUGCAGAACCAGCAAGUCAGUAAUCAGUGUUCACACGAGUUAAGUCAAGAAAGAAUCCGUAUCAGUUCCCUUGAAGAGCAGCUCACCAGGCUUCAGGUGCAGUGUUCCAGUUAUAGAAAUUGUCUAGAUGAAGCCUUCCCGUUUCUGGUUGAUUUGAAUGAUGAUGUUAGCUUAAAAAGAAGCCAGCGGGACAGGUUGCAGAGGUGGAUCACCAUGGCACAGGAAGUGAGGAAAGAAUCUCUCAGCCUGCAGGAAACUGGCACAGGGACUGGGACCAGCCAAGGGCCACAUCACAUCACAAUUCUUCAGCUAAAGAGGGAGCUAAAGAAAUGCCAGCAGGCUUUAGUUAUGGAUGAAGAAGUAUUUAGCCAGAAAAAUCAUGAACUGCAGACACUGCAGAAUCAAAUAAAGACAUUACUACAGGAAAAUGAAGAACAUCUGGAAUCUUUAAAGGAGGCUCAAGAAACGCACAGAUUACAGAAUGAGAAAAUGGUGGAACAGCAAAUGCUUAUUGAUCAGCUAAAAGAAAAAUUAGAGAAGUUUACAGAUGUGAAAACGUUGGACAUCUCAGGUGCUAGUGCGGAUGGUCCAGCUAUUGUGGCACGGGCAAGGAGGCCAUACAGUGUCCCGCUCACUAAGAGUCUGCUACGCUCCCUUCACCCACCUUCUGGCACAGAGACCCACAAGGUAUAUACCAGCACCCCUGCCUUCUCUCUGACCCGAGUAAUGGCACAGUUCCGUGCUCACAGCCAGAUCAUACUGAGCAACAUAGAAGAUCAUGAUAAAGUCCUUCACUGCCACCUCUCUGAUCAGAAUGAUAAGGAGGAAGAAAAUAAAGGCAGCAAAAAAAAAGCCUCAUUUAAGCAUUCCAUAAACCUAACGUGGACACGAAAACAUGCUUCUUUGUGCUUUCUUCCUGAUCUAAGUGAUGUGAAGUGUCAAGUAGGCAAGUCUCAUCUAUCCAACAAAUCUGUGCCACAGACUGACACAACCACAGGUGAAGAGAUGGACAGCCUCCAGAAAAGUCAUGUUUUUAACAUGCAGAAGUUAAAGAAUUCAGAGUUGAGACUCACUGAGGCCGAGCAAAAAAUGAGAGAACUUGCACUUAAUAUCAGAAUGAAAGAGGAACUCAUUAAGGAAUUAGUAAGAACAGGUAAUGAUGCUCAGUCUGUAAGCAAGCAGUAUUCUUUGAAGAUAACUAAGCUGGAGCAAGAAUUUGAGCAGGCAAAAAUGGAACUGGCUGAAACACAAAAGCGGCUUCAGGAGCUGGAGAGUAAGGAGCUGAGAGACAUUCCUGAGAAAGACAAGUUACAAAAAGAGUUUCGGAAGAAGAUGGAUGCAGCUAAAUUGAAAGUGCAGUUUUACACAUUGGAAGCUAGUUGGGUUGAAGUAGCUGAUGAGGAACUUAAUACAAUUAUCCUCAGAAUGCUACUUAAUAUAGAUAUG